GGGGACGCCGCUGUACUGCAUUCUGGGAAGGACCAGCUCGGUCGGCCGCGUUGACCCCUGGGAGUUGUAGUCCCGAUCCUGAGUCGACUGGUGAGCGCGCCGGUGAUUAAAAAAAAUCAUUUUGACGUUAAGUCUACACCAUGGAUAACACAAAGGAGAAGAAUUCCAAUUACAAAGAUGAUCUUCUGCUUAGGAUGGGACUUAAUGAUAAUAAAGCCGGGAUGGAAGGAUUAGAUAAAGAGAAAAUAAACAAAAUUAUAAUGGAAGCCACAAAGGGGUCCAGAUUUUAUGGAAAUGAGCUCAAGAAAGAAAAGCAAGUCAACCAACGAAUUGAAAAUAUGAUGCAACAAAAAGCUCAAAUUACCAGUCAGCAGCUGAGGAAAGCACAAUUACAGGUUGACAAAUUUGCAAUGGAAUUGGAACAGAACCGGGAUCUGAGCAAUACCAUAGUGCACAUUGACAUGGAUGCUUUCUAUGCAGCUGUAGAAAUGAGGGACAAUCCCGAAUUGAAAGAUAAACCCAUUGCUGUAGGAUCAUCAAGGAUGCUGAGUACUUCAAAUUACCAUGCAAGGAGGUUUGGAGUUCGUGCAGCCAUGCCAGGAUUUAUUGCUAAAAGGCUCUGCCCACAACUUAUUAUAGUGCCUCCAAACUUUGACAAAUACCAAGCUGUGAGUAAAGAGGUUAAGGAAAUACUUGCUGAUUAUGAUCCCAAUUUUAUGGCCAUGAGUCUUGAUGAAGCCUACUUGAAUAUAACAAAGCACUUACAGGAAAGACAAAAUUGGCCUGAGGACAAAAGAAAGUAUUUCAUCAAAACAGGGAACUCUCUAGAAAAUGAUAAACCAGGAAGGGAAGUUAAUAAACUGAGUGAGCAUGAACGAUCCAUCUCGCCAUUACUUUUUGAAGAUAGUCCUCCUGAUCUGCAGCCCCCAGGAAAUACCUCCCAAGUGAACAGUGAAGAACAAAAUAAUCCUCAAAUACUUCAACACUCAGUUGUUUUUGGAACAUCAGCCGAGGAAGUGGUAAAGGAAAUUCGUUUCAGAAUUGAGCAAAAAACAACACUGACAGCUAGUGCAGGCAUUGCCCCAAAUACAAUGUUAGCAAAAAUAUGCAGUGAUAAGAAUAAGCCAAAUGGACAGUUCCAGAUUCUCCCCAGCAGACAAGCCGUGUUGGACUUCAUCAAGGACUUACCCAUUAGAAAGGUUUCUGGAAUAGGAAAAGUUACAGAAAAGAUGUUAAAGGCCCUUGGAAUUAUUACUUGUACAGAACUCUACCAACAGAGGGCAUUACUUUCUCUUCUUUUCUCUGAAACAUCUUGGCAUUAUUUCCUUCAUAUUUCUAUGGGUUUAGGUUCAACGCACCUGACAAGGGAUGGAGAGAGGAAAAGCAUGAGUGUUGAGAGGACAUUCAGUGAGAUAAGUAAAGCAGAAGAACAGUACAGCUUGUGCCAGGAACUUUGCAGUGAACUUGCUCAAGAUCUGCAGAAAAAAGGACUUAAGGGUAGAACUGUUACCAUUAAGCUGAAAAAUGUGAAUUUUGAAGUGAAAACUCGUGCGUCUACAGUUUUAUCUGUUGUGUCUACUGCAGAGGAAAUAUUUGCUAUUGCAAAAGAAUUGCUAAGAACAGAAAUUGAUGCUGAUUUUCCACAUCCCUUGAGAUUAAGACUUAUGGGUGUGCGGCUAUCUAGUUUUCCAAAUGAAGAAGAUAAGAAACACCAACAGCAGAGUAUAGUUGGUUUCUUACAGCCUGGAAACCAAACCCUGUCAGCCACUGGGUGUAUAGAGGAAACUGACAAAGGUCAGUUUUUAAAACCUGUAGAAAUGUCUCAUAAGAAGAGUUUCUUUGAUAAAAAACGAUCGGAAAGGAAAUGGAGCCACCAAGACACAUUGAAACGUGAAACUGUGACUAGACAAGGUGUACAGACAUCACAACCUUUCCAAGUUUUAAAGAAGAUGAGUGAGAAUUCAGAAACAUCAGAGAAUUCAGACAACGAUCAGAUAUUUACCUGUCCUGUUUGCUUUAGGGAGCAAGGAAGCAUCAGUCUGGAAGCCUUUAAUAAGCAUGUAGAUGCAUGUCUUCAUGGAUCUUCGAUGAGUGAAAUGUUCUCCCGUUCACAUGCUUCCUCUACAGAAGUUAACAAGAAAGAAAAUGUACAUUGUUCUUUUUCCCUCUGUGAGAAGCAGGAUUAUGAAGCCCAUCAGAAUACAGAAAUCACUUCAGUAGAUUGUGUCCAGUUGGUAGAGACUACAGGUAAUCCAUCUAAAGCAGAAAGUGUAGGUGCUUUAAGUAAUAAGCACAGCAAAGAGGACUGUUCUAGUCUUCCAGGCACAUCGUUUAAUAUUGAACACCAUGAUCAGAAUAAUUCUUGUACUGUUUCAUUGGAAAAUGAAGAUGCUGGGUCACUGAGAAGGCAAGAACCCCUCCAACCUUAUUCAUAUGAAGUGCUAACAGACCAGGCCCUAAUUUGUCCUGUUUGUAACCUAGAACAGAAGACUUCAGAUCUUACCCUGUUCAAUGUGCAUGUGGAUAUUUGCUUGAAUAAAGGCAUUAUCCAGGAACUGAAAACAGAUAAAGUUAAUCCAGUAAGCCAACACAAAGAAAGCACCAAAAGUACUGGUAACUCAGACAGAGUACAGAAGACCAUAACAAAAAACAAAAGGUCAGGAUCGAUGGCAAAGUACUCAGCAUCAAAGAAAAUAAAACCAAACAAUCCCAGAAAUACUCUUGAUAUAUUUUUUAAAUGAACAUUGAACAUUCUAUCAUUAAUUUUUAAUUGAAACUUAUUUUUAUAAUGACUGAAGCUAUUCUUCCUAUUUUAAGUUUACAGAUUCAUUUAGUGAAAGGCCAAUGCAGUGAUCUUUCCCCAGUGAUUUGUCCCUUACAUGAAUUUGGAACAUAUGCUGAUUUACUUCUGCAUACCUUUUUGAUACCAUAAGAAUUGCACUUCCUGUUAGAGAUAUUUUUAAAAUGAGAAAUUAAGAAUGGGGUGAAAAAGUGAUUUUUUUUUUAUUAAGUUUUAUAGCGAAUAUAAAACCACAUAUUUAUAAGGCCUCUCAGAGGUUCAUAGAAACCCUUUUUAGCAUAAGAACUUUAUCCAGAACUUAACCAUUUGGCUGGCACUGGUCUGCUAUACUUGAUCUUAGUACCUUCUACAGUUUUGUAUGUUCGUAUUUUGGCUCCUGGUACCUUCAUGAGCAUUCAUAAUUAAUAUUUAUCAUGAUUCUAUGAAGAAUAUUAGCUUAGCAGAACUAGCAUGAGUGGUUCUGUCCCUUUCAGGAUAAUAAUAUCACAGUUCUGUUUUAUGUGUUAAAAGAAUUUUGCUUAAAUAUGAUUAUUUAUUUUUUUAAUUUAAAAUUUCUUCUUAAGAAUAAGCACUUGGUCCACUUUAAAAAAUUUUUGUGUAAGAUAUAAAGUAAUUAUUUUCUUAUCUAGGACUUUAAAUGGCAGUAUUUCAUUUCUUGGCAGUUACGUUUUGUAUUCUACACAAAUCUAUAAGGAAUAAAUUGUACACUCACUUUAUUUUUAUAUAACCACUUAGAGAAAAAUGUGUAAUUUAAAAGAUUAAUGUGUAUUACAGUGUAUAUUAUCUUGUUUUCUAUCUUGUCUUAGUUAUAUUUCUUAGUUAUAUUUACACAUUUAUCUUAGUUAUAUUUGUCAUGUUUUUAUUAAUAUUUAUGAAAGAAGGCGGCUUAACAGUAGGUAGGUAGGUUAAGUAGUUGCUCCACAUAAUUCUGUACUAUCAGUAUGAGUUUUUAUCAGAAGCAGCGAUUUAAUUGAAACAUGAAGAUGGUAGUCAUUUUGCAACUGCUUUAAAGAACCAACUCUUUGUUCUCUUACAUUUUUGUCUUUUUUUUUUAAAUUGAAUUUAGAGAGAGGAAAAAAACAUCGAUUUAUUGUUCCACCC